AUCUUGCUAUACCUAUAUAUAUAUACCUGCAAAUUGCCGAAAAUUCGAAGGUUACUACAAAGGCGGCGGUUUCAGACAAUAUUUAGAGAAGAAAAAAAUUGGCUCUAUAGUCGUCUAUAGAUAGAUAGAUAAAUUCCCCUUUUCUAACAACGAUCGCUUACAUUCUUCGAGAGAAAUUCAAAGUUGACUGAGUUUAAAUAAAAUACGUGUUAAAUAAAACCGGCGUUUAUUGAGAUACACGGCACAGAUACCACAUACAUUUUAAUCAUUUUUUCUAAAUGUAUUUUUAGAUCUUUGUCAACAACAAUGACGUCAUUAAUAAAAAUUGAUGGAAGUUUGGGUGAAGGGGGUGGACAAGUUUUGAGAAUAGCACUGUCUUUGAGUGCACUUUAUGAAAUUCCUAUAGAAAUAAAUAAUAUCAGAGCGGGUCGAACUAAACCUGGAUUGGCAGCUCAACAUUUGAAAGGAGUUGAAUUGGUGAAGAAAAUGUGUAAUGCUGAAGUUUCAGGAGCUUAUAUAGGAUCUACGCAUUUAGAAUUCUAUCCUAAAUCAUUGAAUAAAUAUGAAAAUGAAUUUGAAGCUGAUACCCAGACAGCUGGGUGUAUAUGUUUGUUGGCACAAGUUGCAUUACCGUGCGCUCUAUUCCUACCACAAAAAUCUGAUAUUAUACUCAUUCUUAAAGGAGGUACUAACGUUCCUAUGGGACCUCAUAUAGAAUAUUUUACAGAGGUGAUCAGGCCAAUGUUGAAUAAAUUUGGAGCGGAUUUUGAUUUUGUUGUAUUAAAAAGGGGUUAUUAUCCAAAGGGAAAAGGUAUAGUGCAUUUACGUAUAAAACCGAUAAGAAACUUGAAUGCUGUUCACAUAACUGAUCCUGGCAUACCUCGUGGAAUAUCAGGUUGGGCUUACGUAGCCGGAUCAAUAAAUAUAAAUGAAGCAUAUAAAAUGGCUGGUGAUGCUAAAAGCAUCUUAACUAAAGAACUUAGUAAAAAUAAUAUUCAAGUUCCUCCUAUUAAUAUUGAAUCAUAUAGAGAAGACAGAGGAAUAGCCGUUGGACAUGGGUCUGGUAUUAACAUAGUUUGCUCGACAACAACAGGCUGUAUAUUUGGUGGUUCUGGUUUGGAUACGGUACAUAAAGGACCAAUUUUUCCAGGUGUCAAUGCAGCUAACGAAAUUCUAGAACCGUUCCUAGCUAAAUCAUGUAUAGAUGAACAUACUCAAGAUCAAAUAAUAAUUUUCAUGGCAUUGGCUACAGGGAUAUCAAGGGUUAGAGUAGGAAGCAAAAAACUUACUCUUCAUACGGAGACUGCCAUAAAAGUUGCUGAAAUAAUGUUAGCUAAUCGUGGACUUCAUUUUCGUUUGGUAGAAAACGAAAGCAUGGGAGAUUCGCCUUCGUAUAUUUUAGAAUGCGAAGGAUGUGGGUUGAUCAAUAAUUUCGUAAAAUAAUAUUGAAAAUAUGUUAUUAUACACGAUAUUAAUUCGUGUUAAAAUAUUUAAAAUAAAAUUAUUAUUACAUUAGAAUCUGCUCAUUCUCGUAAGAAUUGAAUUAUUUUUACACGCAUAGCAGUAAUAUUUCCAUACUAGAUUUUAAUAAUCUAUUUAAAAUCAUUUUCUUACUUUAACUUUUAUAUGCCUUGAAUAUAUUUAUUGUACAUCAACCAAUUAUAUGCCUUUUUGUCAAUUUAUGUAAUAAAUGAACUUUUUGCAAUA